AUGCGGCAGCUGGAUGUCCAUAAUGCCUUUCUAAAUGGGCAUCUGUCCGAUACGGUUUUCAUGAAGCAACCACCGGGCUACGAAGAUCCUGCUCAUCCGGAUCACGUAUGCCACUUGCAACGUUCUCUUUAUGGCUUGAAACAGGCACCUCAGGCCUGGUUCAAGCGCCUACAUGAGUUUCUAAUAACAACAGGGUUCCUCGCCUCCAAAACUGAUGUGUCGUUAUUUCACUACACCGACGGUGAUUCCAGGGUUUUCUUACUCGUCUAUGUAGACGAUAUUAUUAUGUUCGGCAACGACUCAGCUUUAAUUGAUUCCCUAUUACAGCGGCUCUCGUCUACUUUCAAGAUCCGGGACUUGGGCAAGCCCACCUUCUUCCUAGGCAUUGAGACUUUGUCUGAGGGUGGUAGCUUCCUUCUAUCUCAACGGCGGUAUAUGGCUGAUGUUCUCUCUCGUGCAGGUAUGACCGACUGUAAGCCCUUGGCUACCCCAGCUGCGGUCACUCAACCGGCUACACCGACUCUUGAUCUGUUUGACAAUCCGACUCAAUACCGUCGGAUCGUCGGGGCUCUACAGUACUUGACCAUUACUCGGCCAGAUCUCUCGUUUUCAGUUAACAGGCUUUGUCAAUUCAUGCACUCUCCCACACAGGAUCAUUGGGGUCUCCUCAAACGUGUCCUCCGUUAUGUAAAAGGCACCCUUGACUACGGUCUUCGCCUAUCUCCGUCAUCAUCCUCCGCUAUACAUGCUUUUUCAGACUCGGACUGGGCCGGUUGUACUAUAGACCGAAAAUCUACCAGUGGUUAUGCGGUCUUCCUUGGUUCCAACCUCAUCUCCUGGCUAUCUCGGAAGCAGCGCACGGUUGCACGCUCCUCGUCAGAGGCCGAAUACAAAGGGCUUGCUGACGUUGCUGCUGAAGUUACCUGGGUUGUGUCCUUACUCUGGGAACUGGGUCUACAUACUGGCCAGCCUGCUACAUUAUGGUGCGAUAAUCUAGGAGCAACUUACUUAGCUGCUAAUCCCGUGUUUCACGCCACAACGAAGCACGUAGAGAUCGACUUUCACUUUGUACGUGAUAAAGUUUCUUCGGGGAAAUUCGUCGUCAACUUUGUUUCCACCAAGGACCAGCUUGCUGACAUCUUCACCAAACCUCUUCCAGCUCCUCGCUUUCAUACUCUGAGGGACAAGCUCAAUGUGGACAACAUUCACCCUUGUGCUUGA